AUGAAGAAUCAUCAUUAUCACAUUUUUCUCUUCACAUUUUUCACCUUAUUUUGUAUAACUCAAUCCUUUGAUUAUGCUGAUGCACUCUCUAAAAGCCUCCUUUACUUCGAAGCUCAACGCUCCGGGAGGUUGCCGUAUAACCAACGCGUCAAUUGGCGCCACCAUUCCGGCCUCACCGAUGGUCUAGAACAAGGGGUGGACUUGGUUGGAGGAUACUAUGAUGCAGGUGAUCAUGUGAAAUUCGGUUUACCAAUGGCAUUUACUGUCACAAUGCUGUCAUGGAGUGCUAUUGAAUAUAGGCAACAGAUUAUAGAAGCCGGUGAGCUUCGACAUGUGAUGGAAGCGAUUAAAUGGGGAACUGAUUAUUUCAUCAAAGCUCAUACUAGCCCUAAUGUGUUAUGGGCAGAGGUGGGUGAUGGAGACACUGACCAUUAUUGCUGGCAACGUCCGGAGGAUAUGACAACUUCAAGAAGAGCAUUUAAGAUAGAUGAGAAGAAUCCAGGUUCAGAUCUGGCUGGAGAAACUGCUGCAGCUAUGGCAGCUGCUUCCAUUGUGUUUAGGAAAACUGAUCCACAUUACUCUCAACUACUUUUGCACCAUGCUCAUCAGCUGUUUGAGUUUGGGGACAAGUACAGAGGAGAAUAUGAUGGAAGUGUUGGAGUAGUGAAAAACUACUAUGCGUCGGUGAGUGGAUAUAUGGAUGAGUUAUUGUGGGGAGCUAUGUGGCUGUAUAAGGCCACCGACAGAGAACAUUAUUUUGACUACAUUAUUUCUAAGGCUCAUACCUUUGGUGGUAUUGGUUGGUCCAUUACAGAAUUUAGCUGGGAUGUUAAAUAUGCUGGUCUUCAAAUCAUAGCAUCAAAGUUUUUGAUGGAUGAAAAACACAAGAAACAUGCUGAUAUACUAGAACAGUACAAAUCAAAAGCAGAGUACUAUAUAUGUUCAUGUCUCAACAAAAACAAUAGAAGCAGCAAUGUGGAAAGAACACCAGCUGGAUUACUCUAUGUAAGAGAAUGGAACAACAUGCAAUAUGUUUCAACUGCAUCAUUUCUACUCACAGUUUACUCUGACUUUCUCAAAAGUGAAAAUCAAAAGCUCAAUUGUCAAAAUGGAAUUGUGGGCCAUGAAGAGAUUCUAAGUUUUGCUAAGUCACAAGUUGAUUACAUUUUGGGUUCAAACCCACUUAACAUGAGCUACUUAGUGGGCUAUGGGCCUAAGUAUCCCAAAAGGGUGCAUCAUAGAGGUGCAUCCAUUGUAUCAUAUAAAGAGAAUAAAGGGUUCAUAGGGUGCACACAAGGUUAUGAUAAUUGGUAUGGUGUCCAAGAACCAAAUCCUAAUAUUUUGGUUGGAGCUUUGGUUGGAGGACCUGAUAAUGAAGACAAUUUUGUGGAUCAAAGGAACAAUUAUGUGCAAACUGAGGCUUGCACUUAUAAUACUGCUCCAUUAGUUGGAGUUUUUGCAAAAUUCUUGCAAAUAGGGAAUAGAAGUCUGGUUCAGGAUUCUGAUUCACUUUUAGUUGCUUCCUUUUGA